AUUGUGCUUGUCAUACCAUGCGUACCGUAGCUGGCUAGCUAGAACUGGUUGCCACACUUGACAUCUGGUCAGCGAGCUUGCUAAGCUAAGCUAGUCUACCAUUAUUAGCAACGUAGCUCUUACUACAGUAUUAGCUAGUCAACUCUGACACGGAACCAGGCCACGCUUAGCAAACAGCUAGAGAUUUUCGCAAGGAAUGCAGUAGAGCAGGCUUGAUUCUCCUCUGAAAUAUUUUGUGAAGUGAAAGCAUCUUUCUGCAACAUAAGUUUGCUGCCUUGAGACAUGGACCCGGACAACAAUUCAGAAGAUGAGUCAAUAGGUCCAUCUGAAGAUGCUUCUGAAGAUGACCUGCCUAGUCUUCCCCCUGGGCUAUCGGACUCUGAGGCUGUGGAGCUGUUGUGGCAGGUGCGUGCCCAGAAACGCCAGGCCUCCCCUGACCUUCCAGAGACGGUGACCCGUCUGACCGCCCCAGAUGGCAGUCUGCUUUACCUGGUGGGCACUGCCCACUUCAGCGAUAGCAGUAAAAAUGACGUGGCCAUGACCAUCCGUGCGGUGCAGCCAGACGUAGUGGUGGUGGAGCUGUGCCAGUACAGGGUGUCCAUGCUGAAGAUUGAUGAGAAGACCCUGCUAAAGGAAGCCAAAGACAUCAACUUGGACAAAGUCCAGCAGGCCAUCAAACAGAAUGGUGUAAUGUCAGGCCUGAUGCAGAUCCUGCUGCUGAAGGUGUCAGCCCACAUCACAGAGCAACUAGGCAUGGCUCCAGGAGGAGAGUUCAGGGAGGCCUUCAAAGAGGCGGGCCGAGUACCUUUCUGUAAGUUCCACCUGGGGGACAGGCCCAUCCCGGUCACGUUCAAGCGGGCCAUCGCUGCUCUAAGCCUGUGGCAGAAGGCCCGGCUGGCAUGGGGGCUGUGCUUUCUGUCCGACCCCAUCAGUAAGGAGGACGUUGAGAAGUGCAAACAGAAGGACCUAUUGGAGCAGACCAUGUCAGAGAUGAUAGGGGAGUUCCCUGCCCUGCACCGCACCAUUGUGGCCGAACGCGACAUCUACCUCACGCACACCCUCCGCCAGGCUGCACGUUGUGUGGAGGCGCCCCCUAAUGCCCAGAAAGUGCCUGCUGUGGUGGUUGGAGUGGUGGGGAUGGGCCACGUCCCUGGCAUUGAGAGGAACUGGGACAAGGAGCUUAACAUUCACGAGAUCAUGAGUGUGGCACCCCCGUCUCGUUUUGGCUGGGUCUUGCGCACCGUGCUAAAGGGAGCGAUGCUAGGAAUGCUGGGAUAUGCAUGCUACCGUGCUGGAGGUGGCGUGGGGAAGGCCCUGUUGUCCUUACCUGCUGUCCAAUCACUACUGGAGAACCUUCGGCCGCCUGCUGCUUGACUUGGACUCUCCCCAUGACCCCAUCAAACCUUUUGCACCAAUGACAUGAUCCUCCCAAUAUGAAAAAAACACACACAAAAAACAAUGCAUACACCACCAAUGGCCUUAAAGAAAAGGGGAGAGGCUAGAGAGAGGAGUCGACUAAAGAAAUGGCAAGGACUUACAGGACUUCGUGGGCUUGGAGUUAUGUUGCCGUGGAAACUGGACUUUUGUACUGCCAAAGAAACCUUGACGGUACCUUUGUUUCUUUUUCAUCUUGAGUGAAAGCAGGAUUUUGUACAUUUUCCAAAACACCAAAUGUAAAUUUUCUUGUUUUAACGAUAUUAACCCCACACACACUUCACACAAUUGGAACUUGAAUGUGGGACUUUUUUUAAUUUAAUUUUUUUAUGUAUUUUGUUUUCUCCAUCAAAGUGUUUUAGUUGUUUUAUGUAGUUACCCCAUGCACGAAUGUAGCUCAAAGUCCCCAGUAGUUACAACAUCAGUGCCAGUACCUUCAUGUGCUGGAGCAAGAUACCGAUGUUUAACUCUGAAGAUGAGCGUGAUCUCCUCUCUCUCUCUCUCUCUACCUCCCCCUCGCCACCCAUGGCUUUUUAAACCCAGCACUUUAAUCAGUCAUAGUUAAGUUCAAAUUUCUGAGUUAACUUAAAUUCAUGUAAGUGACACCAAAACAUUAGAGCAUAGGCCAACAUUAUUAUUUGUAUAGGACACUGUAAUGGAGUGGUCCUUUCCCUAACCCUGUGAAAUGUAGGUUAGUCUAGUGUUUCUCCUGACCUGGUAAAAAAAGUGCCUCCUCUCACUGUUGGAAGGGCUCCAGAGGAGUAGCAGAAGACCCAGGAAGUUUACUGUAACACGCAGUUCAUCUCCUCACAGUUUCCAUCAUAGCUUCAGAUUGAUGGUACUGAUGGAAAAACAUUCAUAUAAUCUCCAACCUAGUGGAUUCAGACAUGUUUGACUUCCUGUAUAGGAUGCACAGUGCAUUAAUGGGUGUGCAUGUGCUUGGAAAUAUGAAAGUGGAACAGUUCAUGUACAGUAUGGUUGCAAUGUUACCAGGUACCGUAACCCCUACAUGGUAAGCUUCCACCUGAACCAAACUGACAGCACCCAGGUCUAUGUUUUUGAUGACAAAGACCCGGUGUGUAGUCUCAUGUGCCUCAUGACGGGUCAUAUUAGACUUGAUAACAUGUGUAACCUAUUUGACUGUAUUCUGAGUCAUGAAUCUUCAGACAUGCUGUAAACAUUAAUGUUACUCCCGCUGUGUGACAUUUCACACGGGCCAGGUAAAUAAAAUAUGCACUUUGUAAA